AUGGAGGAACCCUUUACAGAUUACUACAAAGUGUUAGAGUGCGACAGAAACGCUUCCACAGACGAAUUAAAGCAGAAUUACAAGCGUUUAAUCCUAUCUUCGCAUCCAGACAAAAUGGUCAAUCGAAAAGAGAAUUUUCUUCUAGUACAGAAAGCAUGGUCGGUUCUAAAGGAUCCUUAUAAGAGAAAACAGUACGAUGCAGCGUUGUUUUGUCUGGAGAAUGAUGAAACUUUGUUGUAUGACUCUAUAUCUAUAAAAGAUAUGAGUUUAACUGGAGACGCUUAUACUUAUCCAUGUAGAUGUGGUGGUAAUUACGUGUUAAGGAAUUUUAAAGUGAGCUUUAAUGUUAUUGUUGUAUGUGAGGGGUGCUCUCUUUCUAUAUAUGUUGAGAAACCUUCAUAA